AUGGAAAGCAUAGCACAAGUAAAGGUGGUCGUGCUUACGGAGUAUACAACUGUGUACCCCACAGACGUUGCCCAGGCUACGUUCGAGCCGUCCGCAUCUCUGACGACCGCCGUUAGUCUUUCCACUAGCCUGAACAGCAAGAUACCUGAACCCACGAUUUCGGUUUCAUCGGCUGUUCCCUCUCAGACAUCGCGGCCUACUUCUUCGCCCACUGUUAUCCCGCUAGGUCCAAAGCGCCAAUUCAACGAUACCUCCGUCAUCGUUAUCCUUUCACUGUUCAUCCUCUUUGCCAUUCUUCUCAUUGCAAUGGUUGGUUACCUAAUCCUCAUGCGUUUCAAAGAUAAAUGUUCCUCGUGCCGUGAUCUGCAGGAGCAGAUCUUGAAGUGGGAGAGCGGCGAGCUGAAAUGCAUCACACGGCAUAUGAUUAUGGAGCGUGAUAUGCUUAACAAGACCCCUUGGGCACACUACACUUCAUCAGAACUCGAUCAGGAAACUGGAUAUCUUGGGCACAAAAUGUCUCGCGCACCGACUAUCUACCAAGCUAAAAGGCAGAGGAGACCGUCGUUCUUCCAAAAAAUAAAAGCUUGCAUUGCCCGUGGAGGCAAGUCAUCAGCUCGAGCUCCAGAUUUGCCGACUACCUACAACGAUGGUCAUCAGUAUUCGGCUCGCUCCUCUGCAUAUUUGGCGUCUUCUACAUACUACGAUCCCGAAAAAGACGACAAAGAAAUGCGUGUCUUCACAGACGUCUCGGUACCAGCUAUUUCCAGCGUUCGUGGACCUCUCCGCAAAGAGUCAGAUGAGCCAAAGCGCUAUACCGCAUACGCACAGUCUGAGGAUGAUGAAGACUACUCUCUUCAAAACGAGAUGGACAUCGCCCACGCGAUGGCGAGUUUAGAAUCUAGAGAGUACAAGGACGCCAAUGCCAUCCUCAACCGCCAAUCUGCAACAGGCUCUGAGACUCGACGCGCUCUGGGAUUCGUCGAUACUAAAGACCAACAGAUGAAGGUCGCACUUCAUCCCAGCCUGUACUCCGAGGUCGACAAAUCUCUAUAUGAACCACCAGAUGCUAAUACCACUUCGCAAGCUGGGGAGUACCAGCCGUUCAGCUGGCGCAAGAAAGGCCGUAAACCGCCAGACCUGGGAGACUAG